UCCAUCUCAUUAAGGAGCCUAUAUGGUCCUCGAUCUGAGGACAUGCAGUCCUAUCAGGUUUUCAGUCUGCACAUCCAGGCCUGUGGUUCUACAAUAGUGACCUUCAUUAUAUGGGCCUCACAAAAGAUGGACCGUGCUUCAAAAACCUUCUCAACAGGGAACAGUCACCGGCCAAUGGAUCGGUGACUGCAAAUAUAUACGCUUAAGGGAAAUAUCUAGCAACUUCCCACAACCAUAGUGAGGAUCUUCAAUUGUGGGGACUGUUUCUGGGCACAGUCCAUCCGCACCAAUAGCGUGGUUCAUUCAACCAUCAACCCUACUUGUAGGAACUGAAAAACCUGGGAACUGCAUCCCUACUGGUCAUUGGAUCAUUAAAAUUCUUUCUAUCCUGUGCAAUCUAAACAAUGUGGCCCUUGUUCCUGCUAGCAGGUGAACAUUUCCUUGAUAGUGAAUGACGGUGAAACAGAACAAUGCAUGAGGGCGCUUCAUUCGAUGUUUUUUGAGAUGGGGGUUCUCUCUGAACUCAAUACAGCAGAUGCAUUCCAAAAUGGCCAUGCAGGAAGUUCACGUGAAACGAAAACGGUGGCAGUGUCGGCCUCUGCUUCCCACAUGCCGGACUGCAGAUCGGCCUCUACUUCCCACAUGCUGGAGUCAAACGCAAUUCCUUCCAACAUGCCGGACCUGAAGACAGCUGGGCUCAACUUUCUCUUGAUAAAGGACUUUUAUCACAGGAAAAUUCAUGAUUUGUUAGACUCCAAAGAUGUUAAGGGCUUGCAGGGUAUCUUGGCACGUGCGGGUGUCAUAUUGGCUUUUUUAAUUGCGCUGUUAGCUUUGAUUUACAAAUUAACCGCUGGUAGGUGAUGGUGGAUGUCCCUCGUCUAUCAAUAGGAGAACUUUUUCUGGUGCAUGAGUGGAUGUUGGUACCGAACUUUUCUUGAUGGAGAUGAGUUGGAGGUUAGUAAUUUGGUUUUUUAGGACAAGUUCAAUCUGAAAAUAACAGAGAGUAGUUUGCUCUUUGGUUGGAAUUUU